AUGGUUGGGCUCUCUGGGCACUCAGUGAUGCUCCUGUCUUCUUCCUUCUGCCAGCAGAACAGCGUUGCGCCAUGCACGGCCCCCCCUCUGCCUGCGUGGAACGGGGCAGUCCAGGGCGCCCAGCUGCCGUUGCCAGGAGGCAGACCCGUAGCCAGCCGCAGCCCGCAGGGAGGGCGGCCUCCGGGCUCCGUCACCAUCACCAGACUGAAGGCCCCCCCAGUGGUGCUGCCGUCAGCUGUGCAGGCCCCGGUCAGGGAGUGGUUUCCCGUCUGGGUGGGGAACCUGACGCCCAAGGUCACCCAGGACGCCCUGCUGCGCUACUUCCUGCCGUUUGGACCCAUCGAGUCUAUCCGCUGCCUCCCCCAGAAGUUCUGUGCCUUCAUCAACUACACGCGCCGGGAAGCGGCGGAAGCGGCGUAUGCAGCCUUGCAGGGAGUCGAAGUGGAAGGGAAGAGCCUGCAGCUGCAGCUGAAGCCGCCCAUGCGUGCCCUCCCACCUGCCACCAAGGCCCCCGGCGGCCCCCCGCAGCCUUUGAAGAGGGAGCAAGCCCCCCUCACCCCUGCCUUGGCCCUUCCCCGGCCGAAUGCCAGUCGUGCCAAAGGGGACGGCAGCUCUUUGGGAGCCCACCCCCAGAGAGGAGCCACUCCGGCCAAGAAGCGGCAGCAGCCGUGAGCUGAGCGCCCAGCGGGGCUUCCUGGGGGCACAGAGGCUGGAGCUUCUGGGGCGACCGGCACCCAGGCACGAGAGGUGCCCUUCUGGCUCAGCCGGUGCUGGAGGCGGCCGGUGGCGGGGGGGGGGCUCUUGCCGAGGCCCCCGCCCCCCAGCCUGCCCUUUCCCCAGAAGAUAGCCUUCUCCGGUCCCCCCGCGUGUCUCACAGGAGUCGGACUGGCUGAAUUCAGCUGCCCCUCAGAGCGGCCAGAGAGGAGGAGGGCGGGUCUGCGGCUCCUCUGUUUCUCAGAGGGGGCUGAGCUGACUCGUGGGCCCCACCCACCCGGAGCCACAGCGGACCUGCAGCAUUUCUCGAGGGGGCCGGCGGCCCCUCCUUCCCUCCUGCCCCAGGCUGACCGUGGUGCCCUCCUGCCGGCCAGUCAGCCGCCCUUCCCCUUCAGAGCGCAGCCCCCGUGGAUGCUGGCAUGGGGGCCUUGUCUGUCGGGAUUCAGGGAGGUUGAAGCCGGUUGUGCACAUUGGGUUGUGGUGGUGGUGGUGUCAGCUCGCCUGGUCCUGAACCCCCA